UAAAAUGUAUCAUAGACUUAACCAUAUUAUUAUAGUGACUUAAUCUAUGACCGAAGUCCACUACAACCCUACUAUACAGCAGAGCGAGUUCCCGGUUUUUUUUUUAAAUUAACUUCUACAUUUUUAGUAUGGUGUAAAUAUUACGAACAUUUUAAUGAUUAACAAGAUAUAUAAUUAAUUGUGGUUUAGUUUUAUAUAUACGUAUAUACUUUUAAUUUAUCCAGAGAGCACAGUGAUCAAACUUCUUCAAAUACACAAAUUUCAGUCUCACCUGUACCUGUUGAUGUAGUUCCAAAUCCUGCUCUAACUGAAAAUUGUACACCUGCUAUUUCCCAAGCUGCAAAAGUCUCUUUUUCAUUAUCUCAAGAUGAUGUUAACCUAGCCCAACCAUUAGCUACGUCUAUGGAAUAUGACGUAAAUUCUGAUGUUGAUACGCACAAGCUAGAAACAAGUAUUUCACCUAUCAAGAAUCAUGAACACACUAUAGUUGGACGACGAAUUUUAGAUUUAGCUUAUAUAUGUCAACAAAUUAAAGAAAAAGAUAAUCACGACCCAUACGGUUGCUCAUUUAAGGACAUGGUUUGUGUCAAUGAAAAAAAAAUUGGUUUAAAAUCAUCUUUUGCAUUUAAAUGCAAUUUUUGUCUGAAAACAUAUACAAUUGACUCGGAAAGUUCAGAAGCGAAUAUGACGGAUAUAAAUAUUGCUGCAGUAGCUGGUAUAAUGAAUGUGGGUGGAGGAUUUAGUCAGCUUCAAACUAUGACCGCUUCUUUGGAAAUACCUCCCUUAAGUCAGUUUGUGUACAAUAAGUCACAUGAUAUAGUUUGCAAAUCAUUUAAUGAAUGUGCUCUUAAAGAAAUGGAGGCAGCUGCAAAAGAAGAAGCUCAACUAGCCGUAAGUGCCGGAGACAUAGAUACUGACGGAACUCCCCUUAUUUCAGUAGUUGCAGAUGGAUCCUGGUGCAAACGGUCUUACAGGUCAACUUACAAUUCAUUAUCAGGCGCUGCUGCAAUAAUUGGGUAUAGAACGAAAAAAGUUUUAUUUUUGGGAGUAAAAAAUAAAUACUGUUCAAUCUGUAUUCGUUCUGGUCUUGGUUCAAAAGAAGUUAAAGAACAUUGUUGCACUAAAAAUUGGUCGGAUAAAAAUGGAUCGUCGGGUAUGGAAGCAGCUGUAAUAGUUGAAGGUUUUAAACAAAGUGAACCUAUGUAUGGUAUAAGGUAUCAAAAAUUGAUAGCCGAUGGAGACUCAAGCGUAUACAAAAAAAUUUUAGAAGCAAGGCCUUAUAAAAAUUUAACUGUACAAAAAGUUGAAUGCCGUAACCACCUUCUUCGUAAUUUUUGUAACAAACUUAGAGAUAUAACUACGAAAAAACAAGCAGGUCAAUUAGCUCAUAGAAAAUUGUUAUCACGUAAUAUUCUACGAAUGCGAAAAGGUAUAGUGAAAGCUAUUGAAUAUAGAAAAAAAGAAAAUUCAGUUAUAGGACUCAGAAAUGAUAUUUUAAAUGUUGUCAAUCAUGUUUUCGGUGAUCAUAGUAGUUGCUCAAAAUAUUUUUGUGACAUAACCGACGAUAAUAAUUCAAACGAUAUUAAUUACAUGGAAAAAAUUUUUAGUACAGAUAGAGUGUUUAUAGAUAGCGUAAUGCAACCUAUUAGGUAUCUUGCUAGACAUACUUCAAGCUUGAUACUGAAUGUUGACAGCAAUAUAGUUGAAUCUUUUAAUGCCAUUAUUGCAAAACUUAUAGGAGGGAAAAGAGUGAAUUUUGCUCUAAAAGGGUCAUACGCUGGACGUUGUGCGAUUGCUACAGUUACUAAAAAUUCUAAAAGACCUUUUUAUUCUUUGCACAAGACAAUUUUAAAAAAUAGUCCCUUUAAAAAAUUGCCAUCAGUGAAAAUGGAAAUAACACGACGAGAUAAUCAAUUUCGUCAAAAUAAUCGCUUGACGAAAAAUAAAAGGUUUAAAAAAAAAUUAUUUGGUGUGAAUGACUCAAAUGCUUCAUAUGGAGAAAAUUCAAUGAAACCAGAUAUGAAUGAAAAUGAAUAUAAUAUAGAAAAAUUGGAAGUCAUUGAGUCCAUGAAAAAAAUUGCUGCACAAAGAGAGGUAAUAGAAAGACAAACUGUUAACCAAAGUUCUUGUCAGAAUUGGUUGGACAUUAGGCGUAAAUUACUUACUGCUUCAAACUUUGGAAGCAUAAUUAACCGUCGUCCAGACACGGGUUGUGAAAAUCUAAUAAAAAAUUUAAUUUAUACUAGUGAUGUUGAUACAAUAGCAAUGGAGUAUGGAAGAAAUCAUGAAAAUGAAGCUAAAAUUUGUUUAGAAAAUUUACUAAGUAUAAAAAUAAGAGAGUGUGGAUUGUUCAUUGAUGAGUUUAAUUAUUUCAUUGGAGCAACUCCAGAUGGAUUAAUUGAUGAAGAUGGCUUGGUCGAAAUAAAAUGUCCUCAAUCAGCUGCAGAUCUGACUCCCGAAGAAGGAAUUGAAAAAAAAAAAAUUAGCUGUUGGAAAAAAACUAAUAAUGGGACCACUUAUGAAAUUAAAAAAAAUCAUAAGUGGUAUUACCAAGUACAGGGACAGUUAAAUGUUUGUCAAAGGGAUUAUUGUAUUCUCGCCGUGUGGACAAAAAAAGGAAUGAAGUAUGAAAUAAUUAAAAGGGACAUUCAUUUUUGGACUACUAUCAUGUUGCCGAAACUUCAAAAUUUUUUUUUCAAUUGCUUUUUGCCGGAAUUGGUCGACCCGAGGCACUCACGUAGUAUGCCAAUACGGAAUCCAGAGUACAUAAUUAGAGCACAAGAAGAAAAAAAAAAUAAACGUUUAAAGCUUCUUUAAUAUUUUGUUUUAAGUAAUAUUGAGUUUUGUUAAAGUAUAUAGUUUAAGUAUAUACAAAUAUUAAGUUUUUUUUUACAAUGUACCUUAACAUAUUAUGAAAUCGUCUAUACGUUAAAAUAAAAUAAAAAUAUUAUUUAUAUAUUCGUUUAUGAUUUAUUGUCUUACUUAUAUAUACACAUAUACAUUACAAACAUAAAUUAAUAUAAUUAAUGACUAAGGGACAUUCGUAUUGCCGGUUGUACUAGGUUUCUACUAAAUGCUAUUCACUGACGACUGACCGUGAGAGGUGGAACAUUUAAAUUAUUAUAUCCCCAAAAUACCUAUUGAUUUGCAUAGUAAUAAUAUUGGAAUACAAGCGUAUAUAAUAAUAGGUCAAUAAAAGUAUAAUAGGUUAUGCGUCUGUAAAAAUAAAAUUACCAAAGCGUAUGCGAAGCGUACCGUAAAUUAUUAAAUAAAUCGAACGUUGCGUCGCGCUUGAAUUGUGUAGUCAAUACGAGUAGUAUUGAGAGAAUGAUGCGCCGCUCCCGGAGACGGUUUCAAUCACUCGCUCACGCGUCGGUAAGCGACCGAAGUGGGCGUGGUAUAAAGCAUUGCGUGAGAGGUUUUACGACAUCUAGUGAGCGUUGUUACGUUUUAGUUUUACUGUCGAAGACCCUUAAGUAG